AGCUGAGCAGAUGGCCAGUGUUCAAAAUGCCCAAAAAGAUGGCUCAAGUGAUAGGGCUGACUUCUGGAGAACACGUGGCCAGCGAUCUGGAGUGAAGAAAAAUCUGAGGAAGAGUCGUGAAGAUCUGACAGCUAUUGUAUCUGUCAGCACAAAAUUCCCAGCUUAUGAGCGAGUUCAGUUGCGUGAGGCUGGUUUUAAGAGGCCUGUGGUGAUAUUUGGCCCUAUUGCAGAUGUAGCUAUGGAGAAACUGUCAAAUGAUUUGCCUCAUCUGUACCAGACAGCAAAGACAGAGCCCAGAGAUGCAGGUUCAGAGAAGUCAACUGGAGUAGUGCGUUUGAACACUGUGAGACAAAUCAUUGAGCAGGAUAAACAUGCUCUGUUGGAUGUGACUCCUAAAGCAGUGGACCUGCUAAAUUACACCCAGUGGUUUCCAAUUGUGGUCUUCUUUAACCCAGACAGUAAGCAGGGUGUGAAAACCAUGAGACAAAGGCUAUGCUCCACAUCUAACAAGAGCUCUAGAAAACUUUAUGAGCAAGCAAACAAACUGAAGAAAACUUGUUCCCACCUCUUUACAGCCACCAUCAAUUUGAAUUCAGCCAAUGAUAGCUGGUAUGGCAGUCUGAAAGAUACAAUUCAGCAACAGCAAGGAGAAGCAGUAUGGGUAUCAGAAGGAAAGAUGGACGGCAUGGAAGAUGAUGCGGAUGAUCGUAUGUCUUACCUUACUGCAAUGGGUGCUGACUAUUUGAGUUGCGACAGUCGGCUGAUCAGUGACCUAGAGGAUACAGAUGGAGAAGGAGGUGCAUACACCGACAAUGAACUUGAUGAGCCCUUGGACGAACCAAGGAUUUCAUCUGUUAGCCGGUCCUCUGAACCUGUGCAUCAUGAGGAGGGUUUAAAAAAAUUUAGUCCAGAACCAAGGGCUCAGUUGAGAAAAGCUGGUAGCAGGGAGAUCCUUAGAGAUCCGAGUCCACCUCCAGCAUUCAAGCCUGAACCACCUAAGGGAAAGAUACAAAACAAAGAAGAUCUGUAUGACUUCCCUAAGAACUAUGACUCCAAAUCAAGUAACAUUGCUGUCAGCAGUGAGGCUUCAACUGCAGCAGCUAAAGCACCACCACCACCUGUUUCUGUGAAACCUGCCUUUGGGCGUCCCAUCCUGAGAAACCCUCAGCCAGCAGUCCCACCUGCAGAGGAGGAGGAGGAGGCAAAAUUGGAAGAGGAAGGAAGUGAACAAGAAAAUACUCCAAAAUCUGUAUUGAGGAAAGUAAAAAUAUUUGAGGAGAUGGAUCAUAAGGCGAGGAUGCAAAGAAUGCAAGAGCUACAAGAGGCCCAGAAUGCCAGGCUUGAAAUUGCCCAGAAGCACCCGGAUAUUUAUGCUGUCCCUGUCAAAACACAGAAGUCAGAACAGAGCUGGCCCCAGCCUACGAGCUCCAGACCUCCAGAACCCCAGAAACCUCCUAUUAGACCUUACCUGGAGAACUGUGGUGGUUACGGCAGUGAUGCAGAGGAGGAGGAGGAGUAUCGUCGGCAGUUAUCAGACCACUCUAAGAAGGGGUAUUAUGGACAGCCAUCCAGAUACAGAGACACAGAAUUGUAG